UUUCUUUUCUUUUUGUAUGAUAUCUUAUUGAACCAUUGGUUGCUUUCUUGUUUUCUUCUUCCUUUCUUGAUUUUUGGUUUUUCUUAUUGGUUUUUCGAUCUGAGAUUUUCUGUCGGUUUUGAGAUUUGGGGGGUGGGCGGCAUCGCGUAAGGGUUGCGUGUGAUGUUGGAUAUUUUUCCUUUCCUCUAGAAGAUUGUCUUACUCUUCUUUUGGUGUAUCUCCUACCAUUGAAGAAAACUUUUUCUUUCUUCUUUUGUGUUUAAACGAUGGAGCUCUUAUUUUGUUCUGUUCUUGUUUGGGUUUCUUGAUCUGGAGUUCGCUUCCUUAUAAAUACUUAUGCUAAUCGUGAUCAGGAUCUUGAUACGUGGCAGCCUUAUAAUAUGUUAGACAAUUAGAGUUUUCGAGGUGCUGGUGUAAUUAGAGAUUUUCUGCUCCUGAGAUUGGAUUUUAUUUUUGGCGUAACCUUUACAGUAUGCUAUGAUUUUGAGUCAUCCUGGUUUAUCUCAAUAACUAUAACCUAUGAAUUGGCAUUACUAAGAAAAUUCAUGCUUUUGAUACAAACAAUUCCAUUUGGUCAAUUCUACCACCUUGCAUUACCUGUCCUGUUAUGUCAGAAUCUUAUCCAUGUAAAGUUAGCGAGAUGAUGAAGUUGUUUAUGUGCCGUUUAUAUACAUGCACGCACACAAUCAUUCUGUCAACUUUUCAUCUUUUGAAGGCAGGCCACCCUUGUCCUGGAAGAAAAUUUACUAUGAACAUUUAACACAAGAAGCAACAGUCUUAUAUAGAAAAUUUGCAAGGCAAUUAUGAAUGCUGAUCUUUGUCUAGUUUUAUCAGCCUCAUGGAAUCAAAGCGUAUUCUAAGUUCUUCUGUAAGCUAUAAAGGCUCUUGUUAUGACUUGUAGAUGUAACAGCUUUCAUAAAUGAUGCUUAGCAUGUGAAUAUGGGAGCACUGAGAAGUUUGUUCUAACUCUUGUGCUUGAGGAUCUGGAGAUCCACUAGUUUGAGAAGCCAUCUUUGCUUAAUUUGAAUUGCUGAUUUAUGAUACACUUUAAAAGCUUCAGCUAAACUUGAACACUCUGAGCUAGCUGCAUGUUUUUCUAAGAUCUGAGAUCCUCCUCCCAUCCUCGUAACCAAAACUGGUUCUAUAUAGCAACCUAUUCCAUAGGCAGACGUUUCUAGUCCUGGUUAUGGAGCCUAAGGUUGCUCAGAUCUUCUUUAGUUUCCUCCCUAAUUAAUGCCCUUUCCUUUAGAGGGUUGUAAUUUUCUUGAUAUAGAGUGUCUAAUAAAAGGUUUUAUUGUGUGCUCCUUGAAGAGGUUAGCCAUAGUCAAGGUAGUAGGAAACUAGGAAUUCUACCUCUAUGCCUGAUAAGAUGGUAAAAAUAUCUAUUUCCAGUUUGUUGAUUUAUGGCUUCUUGAUUUUGAUGCUUGUAUCUGAAUUCCAAAUGCUAUACUAUUGUUCCGUAAUUAUACUUGCUUCCGGUGUUGAUGACUUGAAUAAGCACUAUCUUUAAAAUUAAUUUGGCAUUGUUUAAGAUUCCAACCUCUAAAAUUUGGGGUGACCAUGUCAAGCAAGUAUUCUUGAAAUGUUUGUAGUCUUAUAUUGUCGAUAUAGAUAUGAAUAACUAUUGUCUUCUUAGCUGCUAUCCUUGUAUUCAAGUUCUCAAAAGUUUGUUAUGCUAUCUUAAGCGGUAAUAGCUUAAAGAAGAAAUGAAAAAUGGGUUAUUGGCUAAGUUGUCACACUCCACCUCAAAACAAAGCAAGCUAUAUGUUUCAAAUCUGGGAGGGUUUCCGAUCAUUUGUGUGGACAGCAGUUUCAUACCAUAUGAAAGACAUGCUCAAGCUAUCACCCUCAGCAUUGCAAUUUGUGGUUUCUGUUGCAUAUUCUCCUUGGAGUAUAAAACCAAUCUAUGGUAUUUUAUCUGACUGUAUCCCUAUUAGAGGGAGGAAGCGAAUACCCUACUUGCUCAUAUCCACUGUACUCUCUCUUUUGCCAUGGCUUGUUCUUGGUCUGACAACAUCUUUAAGGAGUUCAAGCAAUUCUCUUGCUGCUUUCUUAACAGUACAAAACUUCGGGUCUGCCAUGGCAGAUGUCGUUAUUGAUGCGAUGAUUGCAGAGGCUGUUCGCUCUGAGCAUGCAGAAUUUUCUGGUGACCUCCAGUCAUUAUCUUGGUCUGCAAUGGCCUUGGGAGGAAUAUGUGGGAGCUUGUUAGGAGGAUAUACAUUAUCCAAUCUCAGAAUAGACACAAUUUUCCUUCUUUUCUCUGUGCUUCCAACCAUCCAGCUAUUGUCAUGUGCUUUAGUAGAGGAGGCCCCUGCAGGAUCUAAAAGUACACCAGAUCAUAGCAAACAACAACAUAUAGAAUAUGAAGCAGAUGUGACCUUUUCAAGUGGAAAUGGUUCCUUCACUAAGACAUUAAAAUCUGGCACUUCUAGAAGAAAAAAAAGCAGUCAUAAAAAUGCUGAAAGGAAAACAAAAUCCAUUAAAUCUGAGAUUCGAGAACAGCAGAAUGGCUUGCUAGCUGCAAGAGGUUAUUUAUCUCUGAAAUCGGCUGCAUAUAGUUUGUGUCGAGCAUUUAGAAAGCCAAUGAUUCUAAGACCUAUGGCAUGGUUUUUCUUUUCGAACAUUACAGUUCCAAACCUCUCAACACACAUGUUCUAUUAUCAGACUGAGGUGUUGCAUUUGGAAGCAUCCUUUCUGGGGACUGUACGCGUGAUUGGGUGGUUUGGCCUAAUGCUUGGCACAUAUAUUUACAAUCGCUAUUUGAAGCAUAUGAAGCUAAGAAAAAUCCUGAUGUUUGCUCACAUUGGUCUUGCCACUGUGAUUCUGUUUGACAUUAUCCUAGUAUCUCGGUCACAUGUUCAGUUUGCCAUACCUGAUAAGUACAUGGUGCUUUGGGGUUCGGCUUUGGGUGAUGCAAUUAACCAAUUCAAGAUGAUGCCAUUUUUGAUCAUUUCUGGACAGUUAUGCCCACCUGGAAUUGAAGGAACACUUUUUGCUCUGUUUAUGUCCAUAAAUAACCUUAGUUCCACAUUGGGCUCAUUCUUGGGAGCUGCUUUGGCUUCAGUGCUGAACAUAUCAUCUGGAUCUUUUGAUAACCUUCCCCUUGGCAUUACUGUGCAACUAGCAGCCACUCUUGUUCCCAUUGCCUUCCUGUUUUUGAUUCCAAAGGAAGCUACAGGGCUGACUUCACAAUGAUAACUAAUCAAUACUCAGCAUUGCUCAAAAGAAAGACUAAUCAAUACUCAGCUUUUGUUUUCUUCCUCAACGC